AGAAAGAGUAGGAAGAAGUGGGAGGAGGGAGGGCGACAGACACCGAUUAAAAAGAGGGUGGAAGAGGAACAACUGACAGGCUCAAGAGCCAGAACAGUGGGCAGUUGGAGGAGAGGUGGCCAGAGCGGAGGAGCCGACCAGAAUUCCAGGGCGGAGGGAAGACGCAGCGGUUUUGGCCAUCUGUUGCCUGGCUGAGCCAAGAUGGGCGACUGGAGCUUCCUGGGUGAGUUUCUGGAGGAGGUGCACAAGCACUCCACGGUGAUCGGUAAGGUCUGGCUCACCGUGCUCUUCAUAUUCCGCAUGCUGGUGCUGGGCACGGCUGCCGAGUCUUCUUGGGGUGACGAGCAGGCUGACUUCCAGUGCGACACCAUUCAGCCGGGCUGCGAGAACGUGUGCUACGACCAGGCCUUCCCCAUCUCCCACAUCCGCUACUGGGUGCUGCAGAUCAUCUUCGUGUCCACGCCCUCCCUGGUGUACAUGGGCCACGCCAUGCACACGGUGCGCAUGCAGGAGAAGCGGAAGCUGCGCGAGGCCGAGAGGGCCCGGGACAGCAGGGGCGCUGGCUCCUACGAGUACCCGGUGGGGAAGGCAGAGCUGACCUGCUGGGAGGAAGCGAAUGGAAAGAUUGUCCUCCAGGGCACUCUGCUCAACACCUACGUCUGCAGCAUCCUGAUCCGCACCACCAUGGAGGUGGCCUUCAUUGUGGGCCAGUACCUGCUUUACGGGAUCUUCCUGAGCACCCUGCAUGUCUGCCGCCGCAGCCCCUGCCCCCACCCAGUCAACUGCUACGUGUCCCGGCCCACGGAGAAGAACGUCUUCAUUGUCUUCAUGCUGGCCGUGGCUGGACUGUCGCUCUUCCUUAGCCUGGCCGAACUCUACCACCUGGGCUGGAAGAAGAUCAGACGAAGGUUUGUCAGGUCACAUCAGGGCAUGGCCGAGUGCCAGCUUCCCGGUCCCUCUGCAGGCAUGGUCCAGAGCUGCACGCCACCCCCCGACUUCAACCGGUGCCUGGAGAACGGCCCUGGUGGAAAAUUCUUCAGUCCCUUCAGUAACAACAUGGCCUCCCAGCAGAACACAGACAACUUGGCCACCGAGCAAGUGCGGGGCCAGGAGCAGGUUCCUGGAGAGGGCUUCAUCCACAUUCACUAUGGCCAGAAGCCCGAGGUGCCCAACGGAGCCUCUCCAGGUCACUGCCUUCCCCAUGGCUACCACAGUGACAAGCGGCGUCUUAGCAAAGCCAGUAGCAAGGCCAGGUCAGAUGACCUAUCAGUGUGACCC